AUGGACACCCUGCUCUCCCAGCUUGAUGCGCUCGUCCUCAAACCCGAACUCGCGCCGCUACUGUCAUUAGUGAAGGGUGCACGCAAUGGAAUCGUCUACGGAUCAAAAGUUCGCUUUCCACAUGCGCUGGUAUCUGGAACAAUACGCGAAAAAACAAAACUUGUUUUGAAAGCAACCCGCCAGCAUGCGCGGAACCUCUCCGUAUUUGCCAUGAUAUACAAGGCCUCGAUGAUUCUCCUCCGAAAUAUACCAGGUGGAACCGGGAAAGAGGGCCGAUAUGAUACCUUCUUUGCAGGCCUGCUGGGCGGGUAUGCAGUUUUCGGACGACAGCCGGGCAGUAUUAGCCAGCAGAUCGUUAUUUAUGUUUUCGCGCGCGUGAUGCUCGCUCUUGCCAAGCUCGCCGUCCAACCCAACAUGCAUCCGCUCUCCUCCCUCAUCACAUCUGACGCACGCACUAAGAUCACGAAUAAUGCCUACCCUGUUUUCGCUAGUAUGACCUGGGCGAUGGUCAUGUACAUUUUCCGGUGGCACCCGGAGACGCUGGCGUCGAGUCUGCGGAGUAGUAUGGUGUAUAUUUAUGGCGACUCGGAUCAUUGGGAUUCCCUCCGCACGCUCCUUUUACACAACAAAUGA